AAAUUGCGCUUUUAUUUUGAAGUAGCAACACAUUCCGGUUGUAUUACGACAGACUAAUGGUGUUAGCUUGAUGCUAUCAGAAGAUGAGAGGAAGCGCUUUUGCUGCCAACAAUGUCUUCUCUUUUAUCUGAAGAAAUGGAACUAAUUGAGAAACAUGAGCAAAUUUUAGGGAGGAGAGCAGAGCUGCUGGAGCAGAUGGAGAGUUGCAGAGAGCAGCUGAAGAUCCAGAGGAGGCAGCAGCUCAAGGAGCGUGAGGCCGCUCGCCUCAGGAACGCCACACUGCUGCAGGAUUUACAGACGACAGAGGAUCGCCUCAAAGGAAGACAGCUGCCACACCCAAAUCUUCUGGCUCUGGAGACAAAAUACUGGGCGUCUGUGGAAGAGUCUAUCCCAGCCUGGGAGGGCUUUCUCCUGGGUAAAGGCCCGCACCCUGCUCACGGUGCAGGACCGCCACCCAGAAGAGCCAAACAGAAAGCCAGCACAGCUAAAGACCACGGCCUGCCUCCUCGCCCCAAACCCAGGACUGCUCGAUAGGCACCGACGCUGAUGCCGCCACUGGAGUUGGAGAGACGGCGAGGAGGCUCAGCUGGUGCAGGUGUUCACAGGCCUGUGGAUUCUCAAGAGCCCCUGUAUUCAGACCCUCACCAGCAUCCUUAAACCAGGGUUGGAAGAUUUGGUGAACAAGCCUUUUCCUGAGCGCUGGGGAAUGAGUGGAGGGACAGAUAGACCCGGCGGCAGCGGGUCCCUGGACCGUCAGACCCAGCCUUCUGUUCGGCUCAAUAUCUGUAACCAAUGCAGCAUGAAAGCACGGCGGAACUAGCAACCCUGGGGACAACUGGCUAGUUAGCUAGCUUGCUAACGCGGUCGUGCCCCCAUGCCA